AUGACUGAGAAUGGCGAGGACGGCGGCGUCCAUCAGCACAGUGAAGCUCCUGACAUAAGGGGUUCAGUUGUCAAGGACAGCCGGCCACUCAAGGCCCCCUUAGUAGAUGUCAAGCAACCAAAUGAUGCCCUUAAACUCACUGCUAGGAACAGAGAGGGAGAGCUCAUUCCUUACCAGCCUCGGCCGCCCUUAAUACCCAGGCAGACAAAGUCCAAGAGGAGUGGCUCCGUUGAGGAGACGAUGAGAAACAGGAGGCUGAGAAACAGCCAGGAGAGCCUGAGUGACCCGGCUGAGACUGGCUCCUCCACAGACUCGCUUAAAGACGACCAAACAGGACCAGAUCCAGGUGGGUUCAUCGUCAGUAGCGCUGCAGCCGUUAGGAACCAGGACUCCGGUGCGAGACCCCUCUCUGCCACUUCCACAGGAUCCCCAGUCUUCCGGGAGCGAGGGAGCAGUCUCUCAGAUUAUGAGAGGAGGCCUCAAAGCCAGCAGAGCGACCCCACGGACCAGCGGGCGCGGUCCACCAAGGUGCGCCUGUCCCCGGUGCAACCCACGGGGCCGCUGCCCGCUCUGGAGAAGGGCUUUGUGUCAGCCACUUUAAAGGCCGCUAAUAGGAUUGACAGGGAUUGUUUGGAUUAUGCCGUGCUGGCCAGAGAGAAGCUCGGGGAGAGACUCCACAGGAACCUGAGCGACAGCCGGCUUCUGGAGAACAUGGGGUCGGAUAGUGCCUCUGUCAACUCCAUGAGGUCCACGUACAGCGUGCUCAGCCCCAUCAGACCUCAGGACGUCAGGAACAGGAGUUUUCUGGAGGGCAGCGUGCUGGGAAGCGGUGCGCUGCUCGGGGCUGAGGAGCUGGACCGCUACUUCCCUGACCGGAGACUGGGCGUCUUCAUCGCCACGUGGAACAUGCAGGGAGAGAGGGGGCUUCCAGUCAACUUAGACGAUCUCCUCCUUCCAACUGACUCUGAAUUUGCACAAGACUUUUAUAUUAUUGGGGUUCAGGAGGGCUGUCCUGACAGGAGGGAGUGGGAGACUCGACUUCAGGAGACUCUGGGACCUUAUUACGUCAUGCUGUACGCAGCAUCGCAUGGCGUUUUGUUUCUCACUGUAUUCGUCAGAAGAGACCUCAUCUGGUUCUGCUCGGAAGUGGAACACGCCACAGUCACGACCAGGAUCAUCUCUCAGAUCAAGACAAAAGGGGCUGUGGGAAUCGCCUUCACCUUUUUUGGAACUUCCUUCCUCUUCAUCACAUCCCAUUUUACCUCUGGAGACGCCAAAGUUUACGAGAGAAUCCUCGAUUACAACAAGAUCAUCGAGGCUCUGGCUCUUCCCAAAGGCCUUCCAGACACAAACCCUUACCGCUCCACGCAGUCUGACGUCACCACAAGAUUCGACCAGGUCUUCUGGUUUGGAGACUUUAACUUCCGGCUGAGUAAGGACCGCGGUGAGGUGGAGACCAUCAUGAGCCGCACCACAGGAGGCGACAUGGGCCCCCUGCUGGAGCAUGAUCAGCUCUCUAAGGAGAUGAAGGAGGGUUCUAUCUUUAAAGGCUUUCAAGAGGCACAAAUACACUUUCCCCCAACGUACAAAUUUGACAUCGGCCGCGACGUCUACGACACGACUUCUAAACAGAGAACGCCUUCGUACACUGACAGGAUCCUGUUCAGGAACAGACAGGCCGACGACAUUAAAGUGGUCAAAUACAGCAACUGCUCCGGCAUCAAGACCUCAGACCAUCGACCCGUCAUCGGUGUCUUCCAGGUCAAACUAAGACCGGGCAGAGACAAUAUUCCUCUGGGUGCGGGACAGUUCGACCGAGGCUUGUACUUGGAGGGCAUUCGGAGGAGGAUCAACAGAGAGCUGAAGAGGAGGGAAGCCAUGAAGCACCAAGGGAGUAGCACCAUCUGCGCCAUCUCUUAGACCCUUAAAGUGGAUUCUCUGGACCAGGCCAGACUGGAGCAGGCUGGACUGGAUCCAACUGUUCCAGAAACAGGUGGAAACGGACCAAAAGGAAACCAGAGUUGUCUUGAAGUCCCGCUCCGGGGGAAAAUCAUGUUUUUAUGUCCCCUUAGUGCCUUUUUAUUUGACAGAAGACACAUUAACACCUUAACACUGCAGUAAACAAAUGAGUCUGAAAAUAACGGAUUUCGUACAGGCAGGUUUUGUGAUGUCACAAUCCUCAGAAACCAUUCCUGUCAACUUGGGGAGGGGCUCAGCGGCUGGAAAAGGCUCAGCUACAGGUGAGCGGAGACUGGUGAGAGAGAGAGAGAGAGAGAGAGAGAGAGAGAGAGAGAGAGAGAGAGAGAGAGAGAGAGAGAGAGAGAGAGAGAGAGAGAGAGAGAGAGAGAGAGAGAGAGAGAGAGAGAGAGCAGGAGGCCUCACUUCACAGAUCCUGCUCACGAAAUAAGAAAGGGACGUGUAGAGUUGUAUUUAAGCCAUUUUAAGGCAUUAAACCUUUUGAAUAUUUUAUUUUGGGGAACAAAGAAGAUUUUUUUGGGGAUGUAUUAAAGUACCAGAGUGGGACUUUAACUACACGGAACCAAGUGCAGGUUGUGGUAACUGAGCAGACUGCGCCCUCUGUUGGACAUUCUGGAGAACUUUGUGUGUGUGUGCUGCUGGUCUAAGGGAGUGUCUGACUGUCCUUGAGGGCAGGGACCUUGAGGUCAGUCAGACAAGCAGCGAUUCGCAGACACAGCUGCAGUCUGGCCUUUAUUUAUUCAGCCCCCUCUGCCCAAACACAACAGGUACAGCGUGGGGGUGUCAUUGUUGCUUUACUCUUCAGUCACACGCUGCAGUGUGAGCUGAUGUAACUGCAUUUCAUUUUCUAAUUCAUUUUCUAGCCAUUUAAAAAGCAUCAUGAAACCCAGUGUUAAGGUUUUUGUCUGAAUUUGUCAUUAUUGUUGAAAUGCCUUGUGACUUAGGGAAUCACACGUAAGUGCAGUCAACGUUUAGCUGCACCUCAUAUCACACUGGUCGAUUUUUACCUUUAAAGAAGAAGAAGGGAGCUGUUCCAUUGUUUCUGUCGUCGAGUCAAAUGGCAUGAAAUCAGCUAACACUACAGGGAUGCGGUCGUUACACGGUACUGUUGAAUUUCAGGAAGAUCAAGUGUAUUUGACGUUUUAUUUUUUAAGGAACUCACUUCCUGUAAAAUAGACGGAGGAUUUUAUUUAUUUACGUUAUUGCCUGUCACACAUUUUUCUCUUAUAAGGCCAAGUGAUCCUUUACAGCAGAUUCUAACUCAUUGCCUUAACCUCUCACCACCGUGCUGCGUAACCUCAUAUAUACUGUAACCUUUCCACGUACUGUAUGUCACAUUAAUGUUUCCAUCAUGAAGAGCAGUCGGCUCCACGAAAAGUGCCUGUAGGUCUUGUUUUCAUUUCCUCUGGACCUCUUUGUCUUUUUCUAUGUUCACCUGUGAUGUCACAGCGUUAAUAAACAUUUUAAAACACU